AUGAUGCUACGUUGCUCUAAUAAUGUCCGUCAUAUGACGGACGAAAGCUUAGUACCUUUUAUCGGAAUCGAAGAAGAUUACGUGGGAAGCAGCGUCAGGAAGAAUCUACCAGUAAAGCCAAUCAACAGCUGGUCAAGAGGAAUCCGCCGUCGUCUUCUGGUGGAACUGACCGUCGAAUCUCUUAACCAAACACCUUCACUCGAAAUGGAAGUAAGCUCAACAAUGAUGAAACAAGAGGUUCCUCGAAACCCAACUUUUCUUCGCAGAAGAGAGCUCUACAAGGAGGCACCGGCUUCGCAGGAAUGUGUGCCAAAGACUUCUUUCUGCAACUCAACAUUCUCUAGAUCAAGGCAAUCCUUUUGUGAUUUCCAAUGCGACUAA